UCGAUAUAAACAACACGGCCUGCAACAGCGACAUCCUUUUUAGUCCAAUUUAUUAACAAGCUCAAAUAGUCAUUUCGUUGCUUGUCCGUACAUGAAAUCUGCAGAUACCGUUUCAGGGGAGCACCAGUAUAAGAAAACCAGACCCUUUACACUGGUACGGUUCGAUUUAGUCGCAGGAGGUAGCAUGGGAGCACCAACUGAUGGUUUGCGAGGAAGAAGGAAGUCAUCAUCAAGAGGACACCACAGGUUUGUCGGAAUCAGACAGAGACCAUCCGGCAGAUGGGUUGCAGAGAUCAAGGACUCCUUGCAGAAGGUUAGGCUUUGGCUUGGAACUUUUGACACUGCAGAAGAAGCAGCUCGCGCUUAUGAUGAUGCAGCCCGGGCCUUGCGCGGUGAUAAUGCGCGCACCAACUUUGAAUUGCCUCAGUCAACAUCAAAUUCUGGUGGUGCCCGUGCAGGUCUUGCGGAUAACAUUGAGCCCUUCUCCUUUGAGGAUGUUUGUGGAACGGGGACUGAAGCGGAGGGGAUUCUUGGUGCACUCAAGGCCAAGCUGCUCGAUGGAAAGGGACUGCGGGUGCUACCGCCAGCUAAUUGUGAUCCAGCUGUGCAACCUGGUGCUGGUGCUGUUGCAAGUACAACUCACAACAAUAGUGUUAGGAGGGAGCUGGCAUCAGCAAGUGAUCAUAUUGUUUGGCAUGGGAUUGGAACUCUGAACCCUCUUCAGGUUUCCAGCAAUCCAGGGUAUUGUAAGGCUGACCUUCUUAUUGAUCAUGGUAACAUGGUGACAGGCCAUGUUCCAGCUCAACUACAUCUAAAAACUGCUGGUAGAACAAAUUUGGUGUGGUCUAAUGUACCAGCGUAUGAAGGGGCCUGGCCUACACAAGUGAAUCAUAUUCCUGAGAGUGCGCCCUUUGUCUCUGGUGCUACUACUACUACUACUGGUACAUGGCAACUUGCUGGGGCAACUGAACCAACUACUGAUAUGGGAUACUGUACUGUACAAAUGCCAACAAGCAGUAUUCCUAAAAUGGAUGCAACGAGCAUGCGUAUGCCGCACAUGGAUGGAGCAGAAGAAGUUGUCUGGUCAGCGGAGCAACAACUGAUGCACUGUGAGAACAGCGGAUGGACCGGUGCUAAUGCCUCUUGGGAUCCUUUCCUCUAUGUAUCCUCAGUGCUAGGGUGACACCAACUGAUCACUCGCCAUCAUUGUCUUUACUUUUUGUCUUUUAUUUUGCGUGACUUUGGACAAGCAACAUAUUUAGCUAGCUACUCAUUCUUUUCCUUCUUCCCCAUAAACUCCCGCUUAGUGCUCAACUUCGAUUUUGGUUCCCGGGGGAGUUUUCAGUAUGUGUAUUCUAUUAUAUUUACCUGAUAUGCUAGAUUUUCGAUAUUGUUAAUAAUUGAAGGAGCUGUACUGCCUUUCCUACAA